UUUUUGUGUUAGUUCUGGGCCUGCCGGUCGCGUUCCAUUUAGCGUUUUCUUAGGCUCCUUGCCAACAUGCGUGGCAUUACGAAACAAAUUACACACUACCGCGAAAAUUCAACCUAAUUUAGUUUAUCUUUACACUUCAACGGGCAUGAGAAACACUUUGAGUAUACGAUAGAAAAGAGAAGGCAAAAUAGGUCGCGUGAUAAUGCGAACCCUUUCGGAAUGGGACGUGGCCCAAGAAAAAUAUUCGCCACUCUUAUUGGUAGGUCCAUCACAACACGGGAAAAGUGGCAAAGCCGAUAAACAUUUGCGUAAUUAAAAAUCGAGAAAAAAAACAGACAGUCACGGAAAAGGAAGGGUUGGAGCCACACAAUCUACCUGUUUUUUUUUAUUUUUGGUCAGUUUUGUAAGUGACCGGCGGCCAUUGCAGGCUCCCACGGGCAACAUGGUUGUCCAAGCUGGGCGGCAAUGAGCGGCGUGUAGCACUUGAACAUCAGCGGCUGUGUGCGAACCGAACUCGGUCUCUCUUUUGUCCUCAAGAUGGGGCAUCCUCCUCUGGAGUUCAGCGACUGCUACUCGGACAGUCCUGACUUCAGAGAGACGCUCAAGUGCUAUGAAGUGGAGCUGGAGAGAACUCGGAAAUUCCUAAAGGAGCUGAUAAAGGAUGGAAACAGUGUGAUCAAUGCAAUAAAAGGUUAUUCUGUGGCAGUACAGAAGUUCUCCCAAACCCUCAGCCUGUUCCAGUUCGACAUCAUAGGCGAGUCCCUGACAGAUGAUGAGAUUAACAUUGCUCAGUCCUUCCAAGAGUUCGCGGGACUCCUACAGGAAGUGGAGCAUGACAGGGUGAUGCUGGUUCAGAAUGCUUCAGAUCUACUCAUCAAACCUUUAGAGAAGUUCAAAAAGGAGCAAAUAGGAUUAACAAAAGAGAAAAGGAAGAAAUUUGAGAAGGAAAGUGAAAAAUAUUACUCCCAGUUGGACAAACACCUGAAUCUUUCUGCCAAGAAGAAGGAGAGUCAACUUCAAGAGGCUGAUGAAAUCUUGUAUAAGGAGCGAGUUAACUUCUAUGAGUCCUCCGUGGAAUAUGUGUACCAGAUCCAUCAGGUCCAAGACAGGAAGAAGUUUGAUGUGGUUGAGCCAGUGCUGGCGUUUCUUCACAGUGUUUUAACCCUCAACAACCUGACGGUGGAGAUGACACAGGACUUCAUGCCCUACAAGCAGGAGCUUCAGCUCAGUCUGCAGAACACAAGGAAUCACUAUGAGAGCACUCGUGAUGAGAUGGAGGACCUCAUGAAACGAAUGAAGCACUCGUCGCAGAUCUGCAAAAUUCCCAGUUGGCUUCCUGUGGAAGGCUAUCUGUACUGUCAGGAGAAGUGGGCUCUGGGCGUGAGCUGGGUGAAAUACUACUGCAAGUACCACAAGGAGGGGAGAAUGCUGUUCAUGGUCCCCUGUGAACAGAAACCCACCACUAAACAGGGCCCUACUCAGCUCACCUUGAAGUCUUGCAUCCGCCGGAAAACAGAGUCCAUAGACAAGCGAUUUUGUUUUGACGUGGAAGUUAAUGAGAGAAACACUCCAGUCACGUUCCAGGCUCUUUCGGAGGAAGACAGGAAGUUGUGGAUGGAGGCCAUGGAUGGAAAGGAGCCUAUCUAUCACUCCCCAAUUCAAAACCAGGCGGAAAUGGAAUUGAAUGAAAUUGGAUUCAAGUUUGUGCGGAAGUGCAUCAACUACGUGGAAGAAAAGGGAGUGACACAAGAGGGCCUGUACAGAACAGUCGGCAGCAACAUCCAAGUGCAGAAGCUUCUAAAUGCAUUCUUUGAUCCUGCAAACUCAGCUGACGUGGAUCUGAAUAGUGGCGACUGGGACAUUAAAACCAUCGCCAGUGCCAUGAAGUUUUAUCUGAGAAGCCUUUGUGAACCUCUGAUGACCUACGAUCUGCACCGAGAUCUCACGUUAGCUGCAAAGUCGGACAGUCUUGACUUUCGACUGAGUGAAAUCCAUUCCCUCACCUACAAGCUGCCUGAGAAAAAUCGAGAGAUGCUAGAGAUGCUCAUCAAACACCUGGUGGUCGUGUGCAGUCACAGCGAAGAAAACCUCAUGACUCCUUCAAACAUGGCCGUCAUCUACGGACCCACGCUGAUGAGAGCCAAGGAGGAGACAGUGGCCGCCAUGUUGGAUAUUAAAUUCCAAAAUAUUGUCGUGGAGAUAUUGAUCGAGGAAUACAACAAGAUUUUCAGUCAUAUGCCAGAGGACAGCAGCGCCCCACCCGUCCCUCCUCCACGCAUCACCCCGAGAAAGCGACAGCCCAUCACCAUUUCCAAGCGGCCGCCUCGUCUCUAUCCACCUCUGAGUCACGAGCGCUUCCAGUCGCCGCUGCAGCAGCACACUGAAAAUGGCCAGAGUAGCGACUAUGCGGCCGAAAGGGACGUGUCAGCGAGCCCUGUCCCCCUGCAGAGGACCAAAUCCCCAAACUACGUUCCAUUCGUCCCCCGAGAACCUCCUCGGAGACAAGCGCCAGUGCACAGAGCCACCAGACCAGGCGACUGUGAUGACCCCAAAGUAGAAAGACAAGAAUCUUCUUCAAUGUCAAACGGGGAGUCUGGAUUCCCUUCAUUCCAGAGCAGGAGACCUCCUCUUAAAGUGGAAUGUGAGGGUCCCAUCAAAACAAGGCCCACAGAGAAACCACCCAUAUGUAGACCCCCGACGAGGCCUCCUGAGCCCCCCUCUAGGACACCCUCUUUUAAGAUCCAGAGCACUGCCAGCAGCGAUGGAGCCGCAGCGUCUUAUGUUGCCUCGAAGAUGAAAUUUUUUGAGAACGCCUCAAAGCAAGUUAGCAGUGAUCCAGUCUCACAGUCAGCAGCUACAAAUGUGAAAAAAGAGAAUUCAAGCUAGACAAGGCAGUGCGGCCUCAACACGGCAAGCUGCUCGUAGUGUGAAGAGUCGCACAUCAACUCGCAGAACAAGUUCCAUUGUGUGUGUGUGUGUGUGUGCGUGCGUGUGUUGCAAAAAACAACACAAGCAGUGACUUUUGAAUGUUCAAGCACAUUUUUGUUUUUGAACAUCAUUCUAAAGUGAAAAGAGUUCCUUUUUUUUUACACAGUCUUGUUCCACGCUGGUAAAAGUAUUGAUUGGUUACUAAAACGACUAACUUGUAAUUGUCUCAAAACACUUUGUAAUGUUCUUUAACUUGUCUGAUUCACAAUAGUUCAAGUGCACUUUUAUAUUAUGAUCUUAAUCAAAAAAUAGCCAAUAGAUUUGUGUCCAAAAUAAACCUGAAAAUGUCAGUACAGUGUUCAUAAGGUAAACGUGUUGCUCUUUCAGAGGCCAUGAACUAAGAAUACUUUAAAGUAUUUCCUACCCUCCUACUUCAACUUUUGAUCAAAUGUUUCUGUUUGCACUUCCAAAAAGGGUUACAUUUUAAGCUACUUUUUUGUUGUUUUGUUCCAUAUUGAUUCUCCUUGUUUUCUUUUCCUUCAACUUGAAAAUUGUGUUUGCUUUCUCAUGUUUUCAUAAAGAGAACAAAUAAAUAUGAACGAUGUGAAUAGUCGGACAAAGAAGCCUGAUACUCUUUCGUUUCUAUGCCAUAAAAAUAACGUAACUGAGGGUGUCACUAAAGAUAAUAAUUGACUACACGUUUUCCCCUUUCCAAUUCACCAGGGGUCUCAUGUAUUGAGCUUGCGUACGCACAAAAACCUGACAUUCGCCCUCUGUCACAGCAAAGAUGAGAUGUAUCAAGAGUGAAAUAAACGUAAUGUGCGCUG